GCUUCUGAGGGUCCUAAAGACUCCUUGGAACAGCUUCCAGUGAAACUGGCCAUGUUCUUCACCUAAGACAUUGCAUCUCCUGUCUGAUGAUGCGCUGGUUGUACCGCAUGCCUGGGAUGCUUUCCUCAUCUCUACCUCAUUGAACCCCUUGUUUCUUUCAAAAUUCAGCGAGAAAGGAGGGGCCUUUCUCUGUCACUUGCAUUUAGGUGGAAUAGAAGCGAGGAAUGGAAGCCCCGUGAAGCCAGAGCAGAUUCAUUUGGCCUUUACAUCUCCAAAGCUUAGUCGGGGCCCGAGGAGUCCGGCUACUGACCGUCUGGGAGGGUGGUUUUCGCUCCAGGACUUCCAAGGCCAGCCAGCCCGGAGCAGGCGGAGUCGGGGGCGGGGCCGUGGCAGGAAGAGACCGUAGGGAACCGCGGAGCGGAGCGGGGAGGCCAUCCCGUCGCUGGGGCCUCGGUGAGCAGCUGUGGGCCGGACUGGGCCGGACUGGGCCGAACCGGGCCCCCGGGCGGGAAGGAGGGCUCCUGCCUUCGGGCCCUUGACCUCCGACUCACCCCCAACGGCCGGACAGACAGUCGGGUUGAGAUCGCUGCAGUCUGAAGCCCUGGUGCCUAGAGACUCUCGGGGGCACCAUGGCCUCUCGUCUUCUGCACCGCCUCCGGCACGCCCUAACCGGAGAAGGCUCAGGAGAGCCGACCCCAAGCGCGGAGGCCGAGGAAUUCCCGGAGAGCUCCGAGCUCGAGGAGGAUGAUACCGAGGGCUUAUCCACACGCCUCAGUGGCACCCUGAGCUUCACCAGCACUGAAGAUGAGGAGGAGGAAGAGGAAGACGAGGAAAACGGGGAUCCCCUGGGAUCAGGGGCUGCCCUGGGCCAAAGGCUCAAGAGUCCUGGAGAAGACAGCCCUGGGGAGGAAGGAGAUCGGAAUCCCCCAUCAGAUGGGCCCCGAGGCAGUAACCUCUUGACUCGACAACUGCAGGACUUCUGGAAAAAGUCAAGAAGUAACCUGGUACCUCAGCGGCUGCUCUUUGAAGUGACCAGUGCCAACGUCAUCAAUGAGCCACCCUCCAAGUACGUGCUCUACACCAUCGCCCUGAUAGGCCCUGGGCCACAGGAACAUGUGCCAGCCCAGAUUUCUCGGCGCUACUCAGAUUUUGAAAGACUACACCGUCAACUUCGACAGCAGUUCCGUGGUCCCAUGGCUGCAGUUUCCUUUCCCCGAAAACGCCUACGGCGGAAUUUUACUGCUGAGACUAUUGCUCGACGAAGUAGGGCCUUUGAACAAUUCCUGGGGCACCUGCAGGCUGUGCCUGAGCUUCGUCAGGCACCUGACCUCCAGGACUUCUUCAUUCUGCCUGAGCUGCGACGGGCACAAAGGCUUACUUGCACAGGCCUCUACCGAGAGGCCCUUGGGCUCUGGACUAAUGCCUGGCGCCUACAAACCCAAUUGGGCACUACAGUAGGUGCCCACCGGACGCUGUUGACAUUGGUAGGUCUAGCUGUAUGCCACCAAGAGCUGGAGCAGCCCAGUGAGGCUCGGUUGAGUUGUGAACAGGCUCUUCAGCUGCUGGGGGAUAGUGAUUCCCAUCCGCUGCUAGGACCUUUUCUUGAGGCUCAUGUUCGUCUCUCCUGGAGGCUUGGCAUUGACAAGCGCCAGUCAGAGGCCCAGCUCCAGGCCCUUCAAGAAGCUGGCCUCACCUCUGUUCCACCCCCCAGCCUAAAAGAACUGCUUAUCAGGGAGGCUUUGGACUAAAUGACCUUUCCCCCUAUCCUGACAGGGAUGUUUGGUGAGAAGCUAUGGGAAUAGAGACUGAAAGGUAUCCAAAAAAGGAUGGUGAGAAGUAGAUUCUAGGAUCACAGGAUUCAAAUGAGAUCUUAGAGAUUCUCUAGUCUAACCCCUCUGGAUCUACUUCCUUCUCUCUAAAAUAGUAUAUAACUUGUCCCAGGUUACACAGGGUAUUCAGUAGCAGUUCUCAAAUUUGAACCUAGGUUCUUGGACCACAAGACCUUCAUUUCUUUUCAGCCCGUCACCGUUUUGCUAUUCCCUUGACCAGCCUAGUGUAACAGGCUGACGCCUUACUUGUAGGUAGCAGCAAUGGGAAUCAGAGAUGACUAGUAUAUGUUUCUCAAUCAAGGAGCAGCCAUGGACUUCUCCCCAGGCUAAGUCCAUUUCCAUGGCUCCAUCCAUUCUCCCUUUCCCAUCAACUUUGAGGGACAGUCCCCUCAAAAGGCCAAGAGUGGUAGAGCAACUGCUCUAGCCAAGAAGAAUAAAAAAGCUGAUUCCUCCAUGUGGUACCCGUUUUUAUUAUGUGCAAAGUGCAGGAAGGACAUAGCCCUCACUCAAUUCCUGGUAAAGUAGGAUACAAGAAUGGCUGUAGGGGAUCCAGGGCAGUUCAUGCCUCUUCCUACAGCUUACUCUCCAGCUUCUGCUGCUUCACCCGGAUCACACCCUCUUGGGCACAUGAUACAGCUAGGACCCCAUCUCGUCGCCACAGACGACCAUGAACCAGCCCUCGAGAGCCCCCUGUGAGUGAGCAAGAAGAGUGAGCACCUGGCCUGAACUUAUACCCUUCCCAAACCUCACCAUCCUCCAUAUCAAUAAUGCCAAGAGACCACCCAGGGAAAGACUGGGAGAAAAGUACAUUAUCUUGUGAUUUCUGAGAUUAGACAUGGCAACAAACAGUUCAACUUUUCCUUCAUAGUACAAAUAGCUAGCGUUUGUUACUUUUAUGUAAUUUUUUUCCCUGGAUAUUCACAUUUCUGUAUGAUACAAACUCCUAUCUAAGAACAAGUAUGGUUGUCCAUGUUUUCAGAUGAGAAAA